AUGGAUCCUCCUCCCACCUCCUGGGACUCCUUGCGCAAACAGGCUAGGAAGCUUGAGGUUCAGCUGGAUGAGCAGAUGCAUUUAUAUCGUAAAUUGGUGUCAGCGAAAGUUGAUAAUUCUAAUGAUAAUGAUGUGGAGUCUGGAAUCGAUCAGCUAUUAAAACAGCUUCAACAAGUGAACAUGCAAAUGCAAGCUUGGGUUUCAUCUGGAGGGUCCGAAAUCUUUUCUCAUACGUUGACACGGCAUCAGGAGAUUCUUCAGGAUCUUACCCAGGAGUUUAAUCGACUUAAUUCCAGUCACAGAGCUAAGAAAGAGCAUGCAUCACUGCUCGAGGAUUUUAGGGAGUUCGAUCGCACAAGAUUAGACCUUGAAGAGGGUAAUGGUUCCUAUGAACAAUCUCUUAUCAAAGAGCGUGCAUCCCUCCAUAGAAGUACUGGCCAGAUGGAUUCGGUGAUAUCACAAGCACAAGAGACCAUAAAGUCCCUCGUCUUCCAACGUUCCACAUUUGGGGGCAUCAAUUCGAAGCUUAGUAAUGUCAGCAGUCGUCUUCCCACGGUGAAUCAUAUCCUCUCAGCAAUAAAGAAGAAAAAGUCGAUGGACACCAUCAUACUUUCGUUAGUUGCAUCCGUCUGCAUGUUUCUAAUUUUAAUUUACUGGUGGACUAAGUAG